AUGACGGUUAAAGAAUUAUUGCAACAGCGGAGGGCGCAACAAGAAAAAAAGAAUAUGUCUUCAGGUCUCCAGGAGAGCAGAGUGCAGUUGUGUGACACCUUCCCAUCGUGUGCAGGAAUUUAUGGUGGAAAUGAGCCAUUACCAUCUGCACCUAUUUCCCAACGCACCAGGCAGCUCCAGAAUUGUGCACCUUAUGUGGAAAGUUUCAAUGUGAUAGAUCAACAGUUACUGGACACCUACCUGCCAGCAGCAGAUCCACUGAUAGAGACCAGCCCAGACUGCAUGGUGAAUCCAUCCUUUGGUUCCUUAGAAGACACAUCUCCAUUCUUCAACCACAGCAUGACUCCAGAAUCCCCUUCGGGUGUCUCAGAUCUUUCUAAUUCCUUUGAGUAUUCUCCCAGCCAGCAGGGGAUGCCUUUUGUGCCACAGAUCUACAGUUCCCCAUCUCCCCAGGACCUGAUCAGUUGUGCAGAGUUGGACCAUUAUUACCAUGAAGCAAACAGCACCCUGUUCUGUUACUGUGCGUAUUGCUGCUCCUUACAGCACCAAGAGCCAAUGAAGAUUCCAGACCUUAUGUCUUUUAGCAGCACAGACUAUAUUGAGUAUCUUCCUUCAGCCACUAUAACGGAGGACUUUUUUGGAAGUGAGGUAAACAGCCUGUGCUACAUCUAA